AGCCCAUUCCCCAUUUAGAAGCCAUUUUGGACACAGAUCAGUAACAUGCAUGUAAACCCCGACCGACCUCCCGAUGCAGCGGUGCUACUAUUCAAGUGAAUAACCUCAAAAAGAGCGCUGAGCUUUCGUCUUGGGUGGUUUAACGGCUUCCCAUUCGGCUUUUGGAUCCACUUCCAAUGCGAAAUACUGCACAUGUUAAUGGACUAACAGUCUGGCAGUCAGUUAAUCGCUCCUAUCUUUUCUUGCAACAUUGUUGCAGCGUCGCGGCUAUUGACACGCGUUGUGGUGGUGGUUAGGCUGCUGGAGGGACCAGAGGCCUGUGGUCGUUUUGAUCCUGGACUGAUGUUUUGGACAACCUGAGUUUUAAUGUUUGCGUCGGGAAGCGGGGGAAAUCUCUGUCCUGUAUUUAAAACGGAACAUGUCUUUUUCAUGGCUGACUUGUUCACUUCUUCUGGGAACUUUAUGCGCAGGGUACAGUCUGGGCGAAGCAGAGACCCGGGAAUGCGUGUACUACAAUGAUAACUGGCGUACGGAGAGGACCAACCAGAGCGGCUUUGAGCGCUGCGAGGGGGAGAAGGACAAGCGACUGCACUGUUAUGCCUCCUGGCUCAACUCCUCAGGGACCAUCAAGCUGGUGAAGAAAGGCUGCUGGCUGGACGACUUCAACUGCUAUGACAGGCAAGAGUGUGUCUCCAUGGAGGAAAACCCUCAGGUCUUCUUCUGCUGCUGCGAGGGCAACUACUGCAAUGAACGAUUCACCCACCUUCCUGACAUGAUUGGCAGUGGCAACCGAGUAAAAAUCCGGCCUCCACCCCGAGUGCCGUCCCUGCUCAACGUGCUUGUGUAUUCCCUGCUGCCUCUCUGUGUGCUGUCCCUGGCCCUCGUUCUGGCCUUGUGGAUGUACCGCCACCGCAAACCUCCCUACGGCCAUGUAGACCUGAGCGAGGAUCCUGGACCAGCUCCUCCAUCCCCCUUGGUGGGUCUGAAACCACUGCAGCUGCUGGAAAUCAAAGCUAGGGGGCGCUUUGGUUGUGUUUGGAAAGCCCAGUUGAUGAGCGAAUAUGUUGCUGUAAAGGUCUUCCCUGUUCAGGACAAGCAGUCAUGGCAAAACGAGCGGGACAUAUUCCUGACUCCAGGGAUGCGGCAUGAAAACCUCUUACGUUACAUCGCUGCAGAGAAGCACGGCACCAACCUGGAGACAGAGCUGUGGCUUAUCACAGAGUUUCAUGAGAGGGGCUCAUUGACAGACCACCUGAAGGGUAACACUGUGACCUGGAGUGAGCUGUGUCACAUAGCAGAGACCAUGUCCCGCGGCUUGGCUUACCUCCAUGAGGACAUUCCCAGCUACAAGGGAGAGGGGCCCAAACCCACUAUUGCACACAGGGACUUCAAGAGUAAGAAUGUGAUGAUACGAGAUGAUUUGACUGCAAUCAUUGGAGACUUUGGGCUCGCUGUACGAUUUGAACCAGGAAAACCUCCAGGUGACACGCAUGGCCAGGUGGGUACGAGGCGAUACAUGGCUCCAGAGGUGCUGGAGGGAGCCAUCAACUUCCAGCGAGACUCCUUCCUGAGAAUAGACAUGUAUGCUAUGGGCUUGGUGCUGUGGGAGCUGGUGUCCCGCUGCACAGAGACAGACGGUACAGUUGGCGAGUACAUGCUGCCGUUUGAGGAUGAAAUAGGCCAGCAUCCCUCCCUGGAGGAUCUGCAGGAUGUGGUCGUGCACAAGAAGAUGCGUCCAGCCAUCAAGGACUGCUGGCUCAAACAUCCUGGUCUGAGCCAGAUGUGCGAGACCAUCGAAGAAUGCUGGGACCACGACGCAGAGGCGCGAUUGUCCGCUGGUUGCGUCGAGGAGCGCAUCGGCCAGAUCGCCAGAACGAUUAGCAGCACUACCUCAGACAUCCCCGUCUGCAUUGUGACGUCUCUCACCAACGAGGACCUACCUCCCAAAGAGUCCAGCACCUGAACGGGUGACCCCAUCCUCCACCUGAGCUCCUGACUUUUUAUUUUUCGAAUCCAAACUCAGCGGAUCUCCGUGAAUAUUUAAAAUCACAAAAACAACAACUAGCAACUUAAAUGCAGCUGCUAUUUUAUCCCAAUACUGGUAUUUUCUUUCUGUUUGUUUUUGGUGUUUAAAGUCGGAUCUUACUAACACAUCCAUCUGCUGUAGUUUUGAAGUAGUAAUAAGUUAUGCGAUGGGCACAUCUGAUAAUACCCAUGUGUCAAAUCUUAAAUGUCGUCAUUACCUCAUGUAUUUCUUUUGUUAGUCUAUUUUUAUUACCUCAUAAGUUGUCGUUUUUCCUGUCUUGGUCAUGAUUGUCUGUGGCCAAAUUAAAUGAACUUUUGCUCCAAACCUCGAACGACGUGCUGCACACCUCGGAGGAACCGUUUUGAGACUGUUAGACAAAAUAUAUUCAUCUUCCUCAGGGGUCGAAGCUUCUCGAUUUUUAAACUCGAGUGUGCUCCCUUAUUUUAAACCUGUGAAUGCCUCAGAAUAAAGAAAAAAAAAAAAAAAGAUUAAAAAAAUCGGAGCACAGCUGUUUUAUCGCAUGGGAGGAACUAAAAUGGGAGCUGAGCAGUUGUGUUGGACAUUAUGGACUUUUUGAAGAUUUGGGACAAGUGUCUUGUCCCAGGGGAACUACCUCUCAGGUAUCCAGUACGCUUCUUUGGAACAUUUUCUCUAAGUUGAGAGCCAAGCUAUCCAGCUAGCUAUCGUGGACAUAUUCCUGGAUUUUAUUUUGUUUUUUUAAUUGUAGAAAUUCAGAGUUACUCCUUUGCCAGUGCCAGGAGUAGGUGUCUGGAGUUGCAAUGUUACACAUUCUUGAUUUUAACUGUGAUUUGUCUGUGAGUGUGUGUGAGUGAAUUUGAAGACUAAAUGAUGUGAGAUGGAUAGAGUGUGGUUUUAAAGUAAGAACAUGGACAGAUAGUUGGGGUUUAUCCUUGCGAGGGCCAUACUUGAGUAAGCAACAUGUCUGUUUUUAAUUUGCAUGGGUGUUUGUUCAAUAGACUCAGUCGGACACCAGUCCCCAGAUACCUCAGUCACUAUACAUCAUGCAAGGAGAGCUCAAAUGGUUGCCUUUGUCUCAAAUGCAAUGCCAUAGUUGUACCAUAACAUAAAUACCAUACAUUGAAUGUCCGUUAUGCUGCUGUGACUAUUCCAGGACACUCAAGGAUUUGUAGAUGUACAUUGUACAUGUAUUCUUUGUUAAUAUAACGCUAAUGAUAUUAUGUGAGGCUUAUAUAUUUUUUUGUGUGUUUUUUUUUGACUGGGUAAGCCCGCAGCUGCUUACUCCUCCAGACUGACCUCAGAUAUUCUGACAAGUACCUCAGGCUUUUUCUACAUGUAUAUCAAGUUGUGUUAUGUAUUUUGUUGUGUUUUAGUAGUUGAGAUAUUUUAUUGCCGGUUAGGCCUCUUUGUCUGUGGAGAUUUCUUUUUAAAUAGAGCCUGACUAGUUGUCAUGGUGUUAAUCCUGUAUGGUGUUAAUGCUGUACAAACCUAAAAGAAGAGAGGCCGAUUCUUGUAAAUAGACCUGUACACACAGUUGCCGAACACUGAUCUGUUUAAAAAAAAAAAAUCAGGGCAUUAUUGUAUUGUUCUCAUUUCACA